AAUCGUUUGUUUGUCAUGCGCAGUAAGGUUCUUGUAUCGUUGCGCAUGUGCUGAUUUCCUCGUGCAUCCAAUAACCCAAAGCCGGCCAUAUUGUGCUGAAUGAUUGCGUGAAAACAGAGGGCUUGAACGAAGCCGAAAAUUUUUAAUCUUCCAACAUCGCAAAGUUGAGAAGAGGCGAGCUCAGUUUCGGAGCGAUGGAGAACUCCUACGGCAUCGGUGUGGAGAACCGUUACGCGCUUUUCCUCGAUGACGAAUCGGACCCGUUGGAAACGAUUAAAUUGAAGGAGCAAGAGAAAGAGCUGAAAAAGAAGACGAAGGUUGCCGAGAAGGAAAACAAGGUUAAGACCGAAGCCCCGGCUAAAGGCAAGACCGCACUGCCCCAGAAGAAGGUCGUUAAAGAUCCACCAAAUCAUAAAAUACAAGAUAACAAGCGCGAAGAAGGUAAACCCAUUCCAAGGUCAAACGAUAACAAACCAGAACGCCCCUACAAUAAAUUCAACAACGAAAACCGAGAGGAAAGGAAUAACAGGCGGAAUCGCGAAGAUAGACCUUACAAUGGACCGGAUAAUAAGGAUGAACGACCACGAAGGGACGGGGACAAUUUUGAAAAUCGCCGAGGCAGGCCUUUGGCGAACAAAAUGGGUGGAGGAGGAGGAGGACGUGGAGGACCAAGACGCAAUUUCGAUGACCGACGUGGGAAAAGGGACUUUGAUAGGCAAAGCGGAUCGGACAAAACCAGGCAUGGUUACAGAGGAGUCAAGCCCGUUGACAAACGCGAUGGCGCAGGCGCUCAUAAUUGGGGCUCCCAUAAAGAUGUCAUUGAUAGUGAAGCAGAUAAAACGAAUGAGGAAACGUGGACUACUGGAGGAGAAAAUAAACCGGAAACGACUGAACCCCCGACCGAGAUUAAGGAACCCGAACAGGAACGAGAACCACCGACGCCCGUGGAAGAGGAAGCGAAAGAGCUCACUUUGGACGAAUGGAAAGCGACCCAAAAGGCUGGACGAUUGAGACCGCAAUAUAAUAUACGUAAAGCUGGCGAAGGAGAGGACCCAAGUCAAUGGAAGAAAAUGUACGAAUUGAGCAAGAAAAAGGAAGAAGAAGAGGAAUCUGAGGAUGAAGAAUAUGAUGCAAGUGAAUAUCCCCAACGUGUUGGACGUCAAAAACAUGUACUGGACAUCAAUAUACAUUUUAAUGAUAGCAGGAGAGCGGGAUUGGGACGUGGACGUGGUGGACGCGGUGGUGGAAGGGGUGGACGCAAUAAUCGGGAAGGACGUGAAAGACCAACGGGAACUGGAGGAACUGGAACUGGACGUGGCGGCGGCGGCGGCAGCGGUGGUGAUCGUUUCCGGGGAAAUGAAGAACAACAGGCUGGUGGUGGUGUUGGUGGAGAAGAUAGGAUUGAUAACCGUGGUGCGCCUAAGGUGGAUGACGAGCGUGACUUCCCAUCCCUGGGUUAAUAAAAAGAAAAAAGAAAAAAAAAUGGGGCGCGGACGGAUGCAGAAAACUUCAGGUCUCACUUAAAUUCUCCGGUUUAAUAUGUCAAAUUGGUACAAAAAAAUCCUCUUAAAAAAUAAUAAAAAAUAUGAAAGGAAAGGGAAAAUUGAACUAGCCAAGGAAAAAAAUUGAAAAAAACUAUAAAAUUUGUUACUUAGGAUUAAUAGUGUUUUUUGAGAAUUAUUUUGUAGCGUGUCGCCCGACGAGGGUCUCGGUUGCUAGUCAGUGUUACUACUGCGUUGUUACUACAUUUUAAAUAAAAUGCUCACUUGGUAUAAUCUAUGUUUUUACAUAAGUUUUUAUACUGUUUCAUUUUUGAGUGAAUAUAAAAAAGAAAUAAUAAUAAAAUUUCAUAACGUAGAUUCGUACCAUAUGGGUAACUUAUUGGCACCAACACUAUCAAAAUUUUUAUCGGGAAUAUUAUAUCGAAAAAAAA